AUGUUCUAUUCAAGUCUUUCUGUGUUGACGGUACUUGCUGGCGUUGCCAGUGCCAUCAACAUCACUGCAUCUGCUAGUGGUGGCAAUGCCUCUUCUCCUUUGGCAUAUGGUCUCAUGUUUGAGGACAUCAGUCAUUCUGGUGAUGGUGGAAUUUAUGCCGAGUUGAUUCAAAACCGAGCAUUCCAGGGAAAUCGGGAAUUUGCAUCUACUUUGAAACCGUGGUCAGCAAUUGGAAGCUCAGUCUUAACCUUACAAAACACAUCAAUACCAUUAUCGUCCUCGCUACCAACAUCCGUUAAUGUGCGUGCCUCAUCCAGUGGCACUUCUCACAGCAGCACUGGGAAAUUAGGAAUCUCCAAUCCUGGAUGGUGGGGAAUAAGUGUUCAGCCUCAAAAAUAUACCGGAAGCUUCUGGGUUUUGGGUUCAUAUACUGGACAUUUCACAGCAAGCUUGGUUGGCGCAGAAUCAGGGACCGUUUUUGCAAGCAUCGACAUACCUUCAAAGUCUACCUCUAAAAAAUGGACUGAAUAUUCAUUCACUCUGAAACCUACUACUGCAGCUCCAGAUGUCAACAACGUUUUCAUCAUCGAGUUCGAUAGCGGCAAUUCCCUCAACUUCAAUCUCAUCAGUCUCUUCCCACCAACGUACAAUGACAGGCCAAAUGGUAAUCGACCAGAGCUUAUGAAAGCUAUGAAAGAACUCAACCCAAGUUUCUUCAGAAUUCCAGGUGGAAAUAACAUGAACUUGGGGAUACCAAAAUGGUGCACCGAUCUCGAUGUCGAGCCUGUCCUAGCAGUUUGGUCCGGGCUUUACUUAAAUAACGGAGCGCCAGGUCCCAUCGUUGUUCCAGAAGCAGAUCUCCAACCUUAUGUUGAUGAUGCUAUGAACGAACUUGAGUUCCUCAUGGGUGAUACAUCAACGAAAUACGGAGCUCUUCGUGCCUCUCUUGGCUACCCCGAGCCCUGGAAAAUCAACUAUGUAGAAGUAGGAAACGAAGAUAACCUAAGUGAUGGAGCGUCGUCAUAUCAUGCCUACCGCUGGCCCAUGUUUUUCAACGCCAUACACGCUAAAUAUCCAGAUAUUCUAGUCAUCUCUUCUACUCAGGAUCUUCUCUCAGUUGGCCCUCUACAUACAUCAGGCACGGACUUUCAUCAAUAUCUCAGACCGGAUGACUUUGCACUUCAAUUUGAGCUCUUCGAUAAUUCAAAUAGAUCUUACCCCAUCUUGUUAGGCGAAUAUGCAGUCAUUCAACCGAAUGCAAAUGGAGCACCAGUAGACUGGAGUGCUGCCAAAAUGGACUAUGGUACCUGGAUUGGAGCUGUUGGUGAAGCGAUUUAUCUUCUCGGUAUGGAAAGAAACGGCGAUAUUGUACUUGGUGCAUCAUAUGCCCCCGGUUUCCAAAAUAUAAACUCCUUCCAAUGGACUCCCGAUCUCAUCACGUUCAGUGCCGACCCAGCAAAAACAGUCCUCAGUUGUUCUUGGCAUCAACUCCAACUCCUAUCGAACAACCGUUACAAAGCCACCGUCCCAUUCACCGUCACAAACUCAGAGAAUAGCAAGUCACCAUUUGGUCCGGCUUUCUACGUCAUCGGUGUGAAUAAUCCCGGCGAAUACGUUUUCAAAGCCACAGUCUACAAUACAACAGAGCCGGUUCCUUUCUCGAUUGACUUUGAAGGUGUAGAUGCUGGUGCGAAGGGUACACUUACCGUGUUGAAUGCUCCAGAUGGGAAUAGUAUGAAUGUUUAUGGAGGGGAAGAUGUGGUCGUUAAGAAGGUUAGUAGUAUUACCGCUGGGCCUGGAGGAAAGUUUGAGUUUGAGUUGAAGGAGUAUGAUAUUGCGGUUUUUACUACCUAG